GCACCAUCACUCUCUUCUCUUCUCUCUUCUUUUUGGCAGCACCAGGACGUCCGGUGCGAAUGGUGGCGGCAGCAGCCUCAGCAGCACUAGCAGCAGAAGCAACAGCAACAGAUCUUGUCUAAACUUGCCCCCCUUCCCUCACGCCCCUAUCCCCCACCUCCUCCUAAAAGGUGCUGGGAGGAUUUUUCGGUGCUGAGGAGGAGCGGCUGCAGCAGCAACAGAGGCAGAGGCGGCAGCGGCGACGGCGGCGGCGGCAAACAGCAGCAGCAGCAGCAGCAGCCGCAACAAACAGCAGCAGCGGCGGCCGCGGCGGGAGCAGCAGCAGCAGCAGCAGCAGCAGAGCAGCAGCAGCAGCAGCAGAGCAGCAGCAGCAGCAGCAGCAGCAGAAGUCAGAAUGAGUGCACGAGGUGAAGGAGCCGGUCAGCCCUCCACUUCCACCCAGGGACAACCUGCAGCCCCGGCGCCUCAGAAAAGAGGACGAGGUCGACCCAGGAAGCAGCAACAAGAACCAACAGGUGAGCCUUCUCCUAAAAGGCCCAGAGGAAGACCUAAAGGAAGCAAAAACAAGAGUCCCUCAAAAGCUGCCCAAAAGAAAGCAGAAGCCACUGGAGAAAAACGACCAAGAGGCCGACCCAGGAAAUGGGUAAGUAAUAAAAUCCCAGUUCUAUUUUCUUAUCUUUUGAUUUCUCAGAAAAAAAUCUUGGAAUUAUCUUCUGUAUUUUGGGCAAUUGGCAGUGGGAGGAGAUAUACAAUUCUUUAUAUGGAUUUUUUUAUCUCUUUUUUAUUAUGAUAUUUUAUUUAUUAUUAGUUGUGUAAGGAUGACUAAUUUCAACCUCCAAAAAAUAUACUCUCCUGUACAUUUGUUUCAUUUUAUUA